CGGCGGGACAGCGACACCAAAGCCACCGAGCUGGCAAAGAUGGAGAAGAUGCUGCAGCAGACAAAGGACCUGCUGGAUAAGAAGACAGAACUGAGCUCAGAGAGCAAAGGCUACCAGGAAAACAUGGUGGAGGACCUGGAAGAGAGAGUGCGCUCCAGCAGACGCCACAGGAGGAACUCCCUCCAUCACACGCAGAUGCUGGAGAGCCAGAUGAAGACGGUGAGGGGCGAGUUGGUGGGCACGCUGGACCACCUCCAGGAGCUGAGGAACGUCCUGCAGCGCUCGCAGCAGAAGGCGGAGGAGCGCAAAGCUGCCAUGGAGAAGCUGGCAGCAGGGUUCAGGUAAACAUCCCGGGCCAGCGUCUGACCCUGCCGACCUCCUGGAACCAGAUUCUGCUGAAGAGACUUUAC